AUGGGACCAGUGGAGUAUCGAGCAGUGAUCAGGUUUUUAUACAUGAAUGGCCGCACACUACAAGAGAUCUUCGAUGAAAUGAAAGAAACUUAUGGGGAGGAUACCCCAUCACAUGAUGUUGUUAAACAUUGUCAUCGCCACUUCAGCUGUGUUCGGAGAUCUGUGGAAAUGGCUCCUAUCCCAGGGCGACCCCAGUGUGCCACUGAUGAGGACACUAUCCAUCAAGGAGAGACUGCCAUUUUAGAAGAUCGGCGUAUUAUUGUUCGUCAGCUGCCAAGAUUAGUGUUGGACAUGUGCCAAGAAAACCAGAAGGACUUUUUUGACAGACUAAUCGCGCAGAAUGGAAUUAGAGUCCAUCACUAUGAUCCAGAACUAAGACCCAGACAAACCAAUGGAAGCGCUUAG